CUUUUGUUGAGCAUUUACGAGGGUCAGACAUUUAACAAUCAAGCCUUUUAUACUGGACGUAGCAAACUUUCUACUUCAACCAAGGACUUUUUAUUACAGUCUAGUGUUGUCCCUCUUGCCAUCAAAGUCAUGAUUGUGAAUUUCGCUGAUGUGCCAGGUAAAACGUUACAAGUGCAGAAUCAGUUUCUCCAAAGUGAAAACGUCACCGCCGCUGUCCCUCAGGGCCCCGGGACCGGUUUUAACGGUCCCAGUUUUUUAGAGGACAGCGGUGCUUUUUACCAGGACUGUCCGUCAGCGACACGUGACACGAACAUGCCUGACGCGUGGAGCCACUGUCAGCAGCGGCCCAGCCGUAGCUGUAUGGGCGAGAUCGUCAUGAACAACAACAACAACAACGGUGCAGAAAAUCACAACAAGAGACGCGAUGCGUUUGAGAGUAAGUCGUACGACCACGCCCUUCAGAACAACAACAGCAGCAGCAGCAGCGACAGCCAUGCCAGUGACGUAGUGAGCAGUCCAGAUAUCUCAUCUUUCCCAUCGUCUUUCAUGGAUUUCAGUUCACCGUUUUCCGUAUAUGCCUCGGCCCAAUACUCGAGAACAUAUCACAUGGAUGGCAGUCACCCCGGAUACAAUCAUGUGGCCUUCUCGUCCCUUCUCCACGAAUCAUCCAGCAUCGACCCACUGACAGGCAGGCGGAAACCACCGAAAUGCUACGAGAUAUCCCGACUAGGCGCCACGGAGCGCGAGAGGACACGCAUGCACAUGCUGAACGACGCGUUCGACGAGCUGCGCAAGGUCGUCCCCAAGUCCAACCUCAGCGAGCACCAGAAACUCUCCAAGAUCGCCACCCUGCGCCUGGCCAUUCAUUACAUCUCGGCGCUGGCCGCGACGCUCAAGGCGACAGGGGCCGAGAUCCGGCUCGUCAAGGACACGGGAGUGUGCGACAGGAGAGGU